CCGUUAACCCUACUCUCUCUCAUCCCUUCUCUCUCUCUCUCUCUCUCUUCUGCAACACUUCGCCAUUGAACACAAGAAACAACCAAAAAUUUUCUUCUCGAAAUAACAAGAAAAAUAGAAAAUACGAAAACGCUAACCACACAUUCGUUCAUUCAUCACAAUGGGGAAGCUACUAUGCGAUUCAACCACCGUCGCCGAACCAUUUCAAGGUUCGCCGCCGGCAGCGCUUCCUUGGCGGGAUACUAAAUCCGAAUCCAUCGGAGCCGUAGAUCUCGUCGUUCCGGCGAACGUCGCUGGUGCAACCUUUUCCGGCGGCUGGGAAGACGUCGUAGGAUUGGAGGAGGCGCAGCGGCGCCAUCUCCAGAGGCUCCACGCCAAGGGAGUGCUCUGGAAGCCACCAGAGGAGGAGGAGGACUCGUCCUCCUCGUCACCGUCCUCCUCCGGUCUCAGAUCCGUCGUCUUCCACCUCUCUCACGGCGGUGAGGUCUCCGCUGACGGAAACUGCCUCUUCACUGCGUCGCGGAAGGCGAUGGGCGGCGAGGACGUGGACGCGCGCGAGCUGAGGCGGAGGACGGUGGCGAGGUUCCUUGAGGAUCUCGGAUCUGCGAGUUUUGAGGAGAGAGAAGCGAUCGACGACGCGAUUCGGCACAUGUACUCGCCGGAUCUGAAGAACGGGUGGGGGAUUCAUGUCGUUCAGGAGGUGAAGGUGUUGGCCAAGAAGGAGGAUCGAUUCGCUCUUGAUUCGGCCAUCGACGAGCUCGUUCACCUCGGCAUGCAAAGAGAAACGGCGGCGGAGUCUAUUUACAAAGAGAGAUGUAUUCCCGUGAAUGAUGGUCCAAGUUGGGCCAAAUACAUGUUGAUCUCUGGUUCUCCUGAUGAUGAAUAUGAUAUCAUCACUUUGCAAUAUACUGAGGAGGGUUUAUUAUCUGUAGAUGAUAAUAGAGAGGGUCGUGCUGCAGCUUUUGGCGACGAUAUUGCAAUUGAAUGCCUUGCUACAGAGUUCAAGCGAGAGAUAUAUGUGGUGCAAGCGCAUGGUUCAGAUGCUAUGGUUGACGAAGAAAAUUGUGUUUUCUUCCUUCCACAUCGUCCAAGGAGCCAAAUUACUGAACCUCCGUUUUUCCUUUUCAUGAAAGGAACAGGUUGGUGCGGUGCUGGAGCUGACCACUACGAGCCCCUGAUUGCUCAACCUUCAGCCUUUGUUUCCCAAGAAAAGGUUGCUGUGGUACUGUGAGGUCUCCCGGCCUUCAAUUUUGUGGAGUAGAGAUUGAGUAGAAUUAGAAUUUCUUCACCCUAUUUAUAUGGGCCACUCUUAGAAUGUUUGGCCUGCAAUGUGGUUCACCCUAUUCUUCACUCUUGUGUUGGUCCCAAGGUUGAACCUCAUUGGGUAGCGUUUAUUUUGUUACUGACAUUUAGAAUCAAUCAUCUUUGACUCUCUUGACAUUGGACAAGCAGGUUUGGCAUUGCCUGCAGUUUGAGCAACCCUAGGGUAUUAUUGUAUUAGUUCACCGGCUUCUGUUUUGUUGUUCCUGUUGUUGAGUUCAUUAGAGGGUUAUACCGUCUAGGUAGUGUGUUGUUCAAAUUGGAAGAAUUGUAUCUCAGUGGAUUUCGUCACAUUAAUGAAGUGGCUUCU